AAAAAGCAAACAAAAAACAAAACUUGGUAGUCAAAAAGAUAUCUUAUUUUUAAUGUCUAGCUAAAUGAUUACUACUAUUACAAGCUACUGUACAAAAUUCUACAUAACAACGUAUAAAUGUAACUAGAUCUUAGGCACACUGCUGUAAUUACAAAGCUAGCCCAGCAAAAAUUACAGACAUUUGUAAUUAAAGACCAUCUAUAAAAGGCACCCAAGGAAAGGGUGAGGUCUGUGGCGAAAGAGAAGAGCGGGCCGCAAGGACACCAAGACGAAGAACAGCACAUCGAGAAUCUUACAAGGAAUAAACAGCUGUUUGUAGGGAACAAUACACACCAUGGAUUCACAUGGAGGACACUACCUCAACAAAGAAGCUGUGUUGUCACCUUUAGGCGCAGCUCGAAUGUGCCAGCUGCUACUUGGUUGCACCAUAAUGGCCCUUGUGUCCCACAGUGCAGGCUACAGCGCCACCUAUGGAACCUUCUGCAUGUUUGUGUGGUGCUUCUGCUUUGCCGUCACGCUGGUUGUGUUCACCCUGGACAUUACACGGCUCCAUACCUGCAUGCCCAUUUCCUGGGAUAACUUCACUGUGGCCUUUGCCAUGCUGGCAACACUUAUGUACAUCACUGCCUCUGUGGUCUACCCUGUUUACUUCCUCCAAACAGACUGCCCUGAUGAAGGCUGUGAAGUCCAAAUCUACCGCAUUGUUGUGACUGUCUGUUCCAGUGUCUGCUGCUUCCCCUACGGAGCUGAGGUGUUCCUAACUCGCGCCAAACCAGGUGCUGUGGUGGGUUACAUGGCCACUGUGUCUGGUCUACUCAAGGUGGUCCAGGCCUUUGUGGCCUGCAUUAUUUUUGGAGCCCUGGCCAAUGAUAGUGAGUACAACCUCUACAUUGCCACCCAAUACUGUGUGGUGGUGUACAGCCUGUGCUUCUCUGUCACUGUGAUAGUGGUCAUACUGACGGUUUCUGGGAGGACCUCUGCCCUGCGGUUCCCCUUCGACCGGUUUGUGGUCAUCUAUACUUUCUUUGCUGUGAUCCUCUACCUCAGUACUGCACUGGUCUGGCCUAUCUUCAGCUUUGACAAGAAGUACAGCUCUACUACUCGUCCUGAGCACUGCCCACGUGGAGAUUGUCCUUGGGAUAGUAAGCUGGUGGUGGCAGUGUUCACCAGUGUCAACCUGAUCCUAUAUUUUGUUGAUCUCAUCUACUCCCAGAGGAUUCGCUUUGUCUCCAGCUCUGCUGUCUAACCCCCUCCACCCCACCCCACAGACCUUUUAGCCUCAGAAACAAAUAACAAAGGUUUGAGAUAUCAACAUCCAACAUGCUCUCCACAGUUGGGUCCCUGAAAAGGACUCACUCCCUUAUUAAUUAAUGGUGUUAUGUUUGUGUGACAUUUGUUAUUAUCAGUAUUCAUCUUGUAUUGAGCCUCUGUUCUAGACAGUAUUAUACAUGAUUCAUGCUACAAACUAAGGCCUUUCUCCAGUUCUCCAG